CGGCGGCGGCGCACUGCCGCAGCGGCGCGGUCGCGGCGGCGCGGUCGCGGCGCUGCGUUUAGGGCUGCUGGUGCGCCUGCUGGUUUUUUAGCACUCCGGCCGCGCGACGCGGCGGUACAGGAAUGCGCGUCGCGGCACAGCAGCCGCAGAGCAGCCGUGAAGACUGUUUGUGCCUGCUGCGAACAACUAGCGCUUGCGCAUGCGGCGGUGCGCGGCGGCAGAGAUCAAACUUGCAAACUGGUCCUCGGCGCCUCCCUGGUGCUACCGCCCGCGUGAGCGAGCAAUAUACAGCCAAGCACUCUUGUGAGUCGCAGCGC